AUGAAGAUUUUUCAACCAAGCUGGGUACAUCACGAUGAGAAAUCCAUUUUCUCUAUCGACAUUCAUCCAAGUGGCGAAAGAUUUGCAACCGGUGGACAAGGAUGUGACUCUGGGCGUGUGGUCAUUUGGAACAUGGCCCCAGUCUUGAGCGAAGAAGCUGAAGCCAACAAAAGCGUGCCACGAGUUCUUUGCCAGAUGGACAAUCAUCUUGCAUGUGUCAACUGUGUCCGGUGGUCAGGAAACGGUCUUAUGUUAGCUUCCGGUGGCGAUGAUAAAUUGGUCAUGAUAUGGAAAAAAACUAUUAGCGGCGGCGGAGGCAUUGGUGCUUUUGGCGGAGGAAGCAAAUCGGUGGAACAUUGGCGAUGUAUUUCCACACUUAGAGGCCAUGCAGGAGAUGUGCUGGAUUUGGCAUGGUCGCCGCAAGAUCGAUGGAUUGCUAGCUGCAGUGUCGAUAACACCAUAAUUAUUUGGGAUGCACAGCAUUUCCCUAAAAUCGUUCAUGUCCUUAAAGGUCACACCGGAUUAGUAAAAGGCGUAACUUGGGAUCCUGUGGGAAAGUUUAUCGCAUCCCAGAGCGACGACCGAUCGUUAAAAGUUUGGAAAACUACCGAUUGGAGUUGUUUCAAAACAAUAACGGAACCCUUCGAAGAGUGCGGUGGAACGACACACAUUCUACGCUUGUCUUGGUCACCGGACGGUCAGUACCUAGUAUCUGCUCAUGCCAUGAACGGUGGAGGCCCGACGGCUCAAAUAAUUGAACGCGAUGGCUGGAAGUGUGACAAGGACUUUGUUGGACACCGAAAAGCGGUCACAUGUGUGCGAUUCCAUAAUGCAAUCUUGAAGAGGUCAGCGCCAAAAACAAACAAAUUACAACAAUACUGUUGCCUUGCCGUAGGAGCACGUGAUAGAAGUCUCUCCAUCUGGUUGACGGCCUUGCAGCGACCGCUAGUGGUUAUACAUGAUUUAUUUCAGGAUUCUAUACUCGAUCUAUCCUGGAGCUGCGAUGGUUACACCCUGCUAACAUGCAGUGGCGAUGGUCAUAUUGCUUGUUUGCAGUUUACUUCUCAAGAGCUGGGCACCCCACUUUCCGAAGAAGAUAAAAACAUUCUCUACCAACGUAUGUAUGGAAAAAAUGCCAACUUCGACCUUACAGUACAGGCCGAGAAGGAAAUGAUAGUAGAAAAUUCGGAUUUUCUGAACGUUUCAAAAAGCAAUCCUGUACCACCUUCAUUAAUUCCCCAACAGCAAAAUAACGGCAUGCUAGCUAAAUUGCCUAGCCAACCGCCCAUAGCCGGGGUUAUCCAGUCUUCGUCUAGUCUCUCAGCUCCCAUCCCUAUUUUAAAACAAAUCGAAACGAAAACGGCGGACGGCAAACGAAGAAUUACUCCUAUGUUCAUCCCACUGAACGAUGAUAAUGGAAAUAAUUUGCUUUCUGCCAACAUGCCGUCUUCUCUGGAGUUCGGUAGCAAAUCGAGCGGGACUUUGUCCAACAUGGAGAUGAAACCAAUUUCCAAUGAUGAGUCAAACAUACCUCCGUCGAUGAGCACUCUGCAGGAACCCACGGAAACUCCUUCGAAAUUAGAUAAUCGGCUCAAAAAAAUUGUCACAGAACCUCCACAGAAAGCUGAGCCUUUGGUACAAUCGACAGAGAGUACCAAUGGAUCGAUAAUUUCUCACCCUACUCUCAAUCAAAAGCUAGUUGACCGGACACGACUGCCAUCAUAUUCAACUGGUAAAGCUGCCGUGUUACAAGGCAACUCUUUCAAAGCAUUUGGAGAAGUAAGGGUUCAGAUACAAAAUAACAGCGUCAAGACAUCGUACGGUACGCUUUGUCGCGUGGCAGCAAUGUGCGUGAAUGCGCAGCGUGUAGAGAGAAAGAUCUGGGAGACUGUCAUCGGUUCUCCAGUAGUUUGCUUCGCCAUUUGUGCGAAAUAUGCAAUCAUCUGCAGUCAAGACCACACCAUACGCUUUUUGGAUAUAAAAACAGGAACACCCGUCUUUCCGGUACUUUGCCUGACGAGUCCGGCCGUACAGAGCGCAUUUAGUUCAAACUCAAAACUGGCUGCUGUAAUAACUGAAAGUGGGAUUCUACGCAUUUGGAAUGUUUCGGAAAAGGCCGUGUUUCUUUCAACAAACUGUUCAGAAAUUAUGACCGGGAGUUUCGUCACUAUUCUACACGUGUCCGAUCAAGGAAUGCCCUUCAUAGUUCUUUCGAAUGGGUCUUCUUACUGUUACUGUCGAAAGCUAGACAGCUGGCUGUUGAUUAACUCCUCCGAUCCCAUAAUACGUCAUGGAUUGAUCGGAAAUAAAGCCAAUGCCCCAGUGCGCAACAUUAAAAUGUACCCAUUGUCGACAAUACAAUCCUACGGAAGCUUGUCCGGGCCUAAAACCAACAGUUUCUCCGAGUUACACUCGUCAUCGUGGCAAACUUCAGCAGCGAUAGCGUUUAUCGAAAACCAAAUUAAGAUUUGUGAAAUGAUUGCAUCUCCGCCUGAAUUGAAGUACUGGUACUCAAUGCUGGGCUUCCAAUUAGCACUUAACGGGAGUGAGGAAAAGAUUCGACAAGUUUUGGAUGAUCUGUUCGGAGCUUCACACAAUUUAGACACGAGAAUGGGAGAAGAUAAUGAUCCGUCUGUGCUAGGAAUUUCGAAACACAUAUUCAUGGAGGAUGUAUUAAACCACCUUAAAACCCAGACAAAAUGGCAACGCAUCUACACGGAGUACUUAGACCAGUUGAAAUUCUUGAAAGAGCGAGAUGGACGGGAUAAACCGUUGAUGGAGUAGACAAAUAAAACCAUCUACGUCAGCCUUUGUGAAGCUUAUCUUUACAAAGCUUUUAUUGUCACAAUAAAUCAUUUUAAAUUAUACUU